CACUCCACUCCAGGUUUUCGCUCCGUCUUUCCUUAAACGCAUUCGGAGUUUAAAGCGCAGAAAAACACGCCAGUGAGUGGAAGCGGGAUCAGAGCGGCAGAGGCGGAUCUCAGUGCGGUUCAGCGUGUGUGUGUGUCCGGCGGAGGAUGGAGGACGACCCGCGAGAGACCCUGGACUAACGCAGGAGGAGGAGGAGGGGGUCUUGCUUUUUACAUGGAACCUGUUUGCGUUUUCCUCCAAAGGUGGAUUUUAUACUGAAACAGUACAGGACAAAAUGCCAUUUGCCAAGCGGAUCGUGGAGCCCCAGUGGCUGUGCAGACGCGCGUACGCGGAUGAGGAGGGUCUCCUGCUCCAGGACCUGUGCGCCUUCAGUAAUGUGGCUCUGUCCCGGACCCUGCGCCAGCUGUCGGAUCUGGCCAAACACGCCUGCUCGCUCUUCCACGAGCUGGAGCACGAGCUGCUCGCCACGAACCGGCGCGUCUGUGCGCUCCGGGGGAAGAUGAGCAGGAUCCAGGAGACCACCGGCGCGCUCGACCCCAAACAGGAGGCAGUGCCGUUAUCUAAUCUGGACAUUGAGAGCAAGCUGAGUGGACAUUAUCAGGCUCCAUGGCACCUGCAGAGAAAUGUGUUCCUGCCGUCGACUCGGCCCGCGUGUGUGGAAGAGCUGCAUCGAAAUGCCAAACAGAGCCUGCGGGCGCUGUACAGAGACCAGCAGCAGAGGCAGGAGGUCAGCGAGAGAGAGCGCAGGGUGACCAUUUCCAUCUCCAUGACUCCGUCCAUGCCCACCUACCCAUCGCCCCGGGUGCACUGCAGACGCCAGCAGAGAGAGAGACACCUCACCACGGAAAGGACAGAGAGAGACAUAGAAACUCAGACAACACAAGCACAGUUCCAGAGCACCCGGUCCUCCUCCCCUACUGAGUGUUGUCAUUUUUCCCCGUGGAGCAGAAAGGUUGCUCCUCCAGUGGAUUCAGAUUCAGAGGUGGUGGCUCUGGGCCACUGGCCGAGGUGCCCGAUCCCAAACGAGCCCUCAACGCUGGACAAACAGACCAACUGGGCUGGAAUCUUACCAUUGCCCAGCCCAGAGGAGAAGAUGAAGACAGACUCUCAAGUCAUCACCUCAUGCAUCGUUCCCAUUAACGUAACAGAGGAGGGUGCCAACGCUACUUCCCUCUCAGCGAUAUCAGCUUUCCUAAGGGUUGGGUUCGACAGAGAGGCCAGUGUGCGCUGCUCACUAGUCCAUUCGCAAUCAGUGCUUCAACGGCGAAGGAAACUAAGGAGACGGAAAACGAUCACUGGCAUUCCCAGACGAGUGCAGCAGGAUUUUGAUUCUGACGAGUCUCCAGUGGCCAGAGAACGUACCGUGAUAGUCCACACCAACCCUGAAAUUUGCCAAGAGGAUCUCACGCUCUCUCGUCUCAACACCAAGGACUCUGGUUGCCAGACAGAAGAAUUCCUGAUUGUUGGGGCUGCACCCUCACGUAGACGGAUCAGAGCACAAAGGGGGCAGGGCGUGACUGUGUCACUGUCCCAUUCCACGGGCAACAUAUCUUUUCUGCCUGACAACUCUGACACAAUGUUCACUGCCUCAGUAGGCUCCCGUCUGCGUUCCCGAAGUCUCCCGCGUGAGGGAGGGCGACUGGUGGACGAAGGUCAUGAUGUCAGUGAUGAGGAUGAUGAGGAGGAAGAACUGUCCCCGUUUGAGUCAGAGGACUUCCUACCAGUGCCAGGGGAACAUAUUCUAAAAGAUGAUGAAGAAAGCACUGAUGACCAGGCAAUCCCAGAGGGCCAGCAUAACAGUUUGAAAUUCAAGCAGCAUGCUGGAUGUACAGAGCAUGACUGGAUGGAGAGGGGUCGAUCCCAUCUGCCUCGGAAAGCUGACAUGGGUAGCUGUGAGAUUUCUUCCAGUUCUGAUACGUUCAGUAGCCCCAUUCACUCCGUUUCCAAUGCUGGCGUGCUGACUAGCCAGAUGGACCACAAGGAGGAUCACCAGUCCUCAAGCGGCAAUUGGAGUGGCAGUAGUUCUACAUGUCCCUCCCAGACAUCAGAGACCAUUCCACCUGCAGCCUCACCCCCACUCACCGGAUCAUCCCACUGUGAUUCAGAACUAUCGUUGAAUGCAGCUACCAAUACUAAUGAUGAUUCCACAGGCUUCAUUAUUGAUCCAUAUCCUGGAGACCGAUCACAAGGCCUUCGUAGCCAUAGGACAGGUUCAUUCACUUCCACUGCGACUGACAUGCUUGAUGAUGCGGGAGUCAGCACUGCUAGUGAGGGUGAGUGGAGCUAUCCACACUACAGGCACAACAUGCCUUGCCACCCCGACUUCAGUCCUGAGCACUCUAGGGCAGAGAAUAUCCUAGAUUGUCCCAGUUUUGCUAGCAUAGCCACUUUUGAAAGUUUAACAGAUAAGCCACCUUCUGAAAAGGCUGACACCACCUCACACUUUUCUGUAGAUGCCGAGGGCUACUAUACCUCCAUGCACUUUGACUGUGGUCUUAAAGGUAGCAAAAGCUUCACGUUUAACUAUGCAUCUGUAGACCAGCAGCAGGCAGAAUAUGGACAUCAAACAAACACACUUGGGAGAUGUAGUCUCUCUCUAAGGAAACCAAAGGUGAAGCCAUUCCCACCAAAACGCAGCUCAUCCUUGAAGAAAAUAAGCAGCCAUGUUGGACCUCCAUCUGACAAGAACGAACCAAAGAUUGCUGGUGGUCAGAAAAAAUCUAUGUCUUCCGGUGAGAGAACACAGCAUGUGGGGUUAGACGGAGGCUCCUCGAGUCAGCUGGAGAGUGAGGAGCCACUGGGGGCUUGGGGUGUUGAGAGUUCUACAGAGAUUCCAGAAGUUGCUUUGUUUGGCUCCACAGAAACGCAUUCCUUCAAGGAUGAGGGAGCUGUCCAGUCAGACUAUGCUGAUCUCUGGCUUCUUAAUGACUUGAAAUCCAAUGAUCCUUACAGAUCAUUGUCAAAUUCCAGCACAGCUACGGGUACCACUGUCAUCGAAUGCAUUAAGUCACAGGAGAGCUCUGAAUCCCAGACUUCCCAGUCAGGAUCUAGGGCCACCACUCCUUCACUACCAUCCGUGGAAAGUGAGUUUAGAUUGCCUUCACCAGAAAAGCUGGUAGUUCUAGCAUCACCUUCCAGUGGCUAUUCAAGCCAGUCAGAGACACCAACAUCAUCUCUUCCGUUGGCUUUCUUCCCAAACGCUCACCCAAUGUCCCCUAAUGGUGGCAAAAGGAAACCCAAAGUCCCAGAGAGGAAGUCCUCACUUGCUUCUUUGCAGCAGUACUCAUCCAAAAGAGACUUGGAAUUGCCUGUCAUACCCCCCUCCCACCUUGACCUAAGUGCCCUUCCCAAUGUCAGCAAGCCUUCAAUUCACAAAAACCAGAUGCACAUCCUCCACCAGAGCAAACAAAAGGCAGCAGCUUCAGCAGAAACCAAGCGUGAGAGUCUGGCAACUUCGGUUUCAAGUGAUGAGCUGGCAGUCACUAGUCCUUUGGCCAUCACUCCUACGGUGCUUCGUUCAGUUCAGCUACGUUCAGUUGGCAAAUCUGGAGAAGGGAGCCACGAUCGGCCUAUAACUGAUAUUUCCACUAGGCCUAAGUGUCCCACUGUGACUAUCAUUACCCCACCUACUCAGAAUAAACUCCAUGAAACUAGGAAGCCUCCACCCUAUAGACCCCUUCUCAAAGAAACCUCCUCUCAGGAUGAUUGUGAAUCACUGUUUACCCCAGUAGAUGGACUAGCUGCUAAGAAUAUAGCAAGCCAUUUUGGUGCAAGAAAUAGAUAUGACCGAUUAGCCCCAUCACCUCUUUGGAACAUGAUUGCUUUUAAGGCCCAGUCUGAGCAGUUGAACAUGGAUGAAGUGACGUUUGAGAAUUCUCAAGAAGUUGCAGAAGAGGUGAGCACCUCAAAUAAUUUAUUUGCCCAGAGUAGUCUGGAAUUAGAGCAAAUUAAGCCAUUGAAAUCUCAGCCAAAUGAGGGAAGCCUUGGUCAGAAUGGUCUAGCAAAAAGGUCAGAAAGUCUUGACCAAGUGCCUGAUACUGUCAAGCAAAGAUCAGAGGCAUUGCAAGCUUAUCCAAUCAGUGGUGCUGGAGAAGAAUAUGUAACAUCAGGUGUUCCAACCAGAAGUGCCUCACAGGAACAUGUAGAGGAAGGGUCAACACCAGACACGGAGGACUAUUUUAGCAAAGAGUCCACACCAAGCGAUCCAACUGUGUCCCCUCUGACAGACGAAUCCAAAACAGAGGACGAUAGCGUUUUUCUUUCACCAAGUAAAAGUCGCACAACAGAAGAUCUCUUUGCCAUGAUUCACAGGUCAAAACGAAAAAUGCUGGGCAGGAAAGAUUCUGGAGAAAUGUCCGUGCGGAGCCGUUUAGCCGUUGUUUCUGGGAAUGGCUCUGCUACUGAUCCUGCAACCUCGCCAAGCACCCCAAACAUGCCUGCAAGUCCAUCUACUCAAACUGGGGCUCAGAGAGCCCCAGGUUCAAUUUACAGGAGUGCCAAAAAGUCCAGUACCUCGAAUGAAGAGUUCAAAUUGCUGCUGUUGAAAAAGGGAAGUCGGUCCGACUCCAGUUAUCGCAUGUCAGCUAUAGAGAUCCUAAAGAGCCCCAGUGCACCCAAAAGCCCCGGUGAGCUCCUGAUGGAGGAUUCUAGACCAUUUGAGGAGCCGCUCUCUCCUUUACAGCAGCAACUUCCAGAGGGAACUCCCGAGCAAAUGCACAGCCCCUUUCCAAAAUCUUAUGCUGAGGGCUUUUCCACAAAAGCUUUUCCCACAUCUGCCUCAACUAGACAAGGCCGGUCAAGGAUGCCACCAGCUGCAAAUAGCAGCCGCUACAGUACACGCAGUCGGCUGUACACUGCCCCCAUGCAGGCCAUAUCAGAAGGGGAAACAGAAAACUCAGAUGGAAGCCCACACGAUGACCGUUCCUCCUGAAAAAUGAAUCUUUGAAUUUUAGCAUCAGUCUAUACACAAUCUUUGACAUCAAGUCAAUAAUGCUGGGCACUUGGCAUACUCAAUUCUGUUCUUAAGAAGACCGUGAACCGUAGACAAAACUAUGUUAUGUCUGUACUCUUUUGUAUCAAGAAGAUCAAAACAUUCAGAUAAUGAUUUUCAGUAGCGGUGUUCUAAUAACUUCCAUGAGCAUAUUUAUUUUAGGUGUAUCCUUUGUUUGUGUACCUUUCAUUUUAGCAUGAGAGUGGAGAAAACUACAUGAUAAAAAUCCAUCACUUUGUAAUUAUUCACAGUGAAUCAAUUGCGGAUGCUUAUUGUCACACACAUUUAGCAUAGUCUACAAAGAUAAAAACAGUACUGUACUAGGGUAACUGUGAAAAUGGGUCCAGAUGGUGUUAAAAGAAGGGAAAAUCUUUCUUGUAGCUUAAACACAAACUGAUUAUGGCAGACAGCUUGGGACAAUCAAAGAGUGGCCUUUUGUAUAGCUGUAGCAUAAAUGGGCUAAGAACUUUUGAGUUAGCCCGCAACUGGAUCUUACUGGGCAAGAAAUGUAGCUGUGUUGGAAUAUUCUGAUGGCCAACCACUAUUUUGCACUCCUUUUGGUACUGAGAAAAUGUCUGAAAUUUUAGAGAAUUCUUACAAAAAAUGGCAAAUGAAAA